GCCACGGGCGCGAUCAGUCGACCCCGUGCAUCGCGGCACGCUGGCCGCCGCGCUGUAUCCUACACUCCGUGCGUGUGCGUCGCUCGCUGUCUCCCGCCGCAAAGAUUCGAAAGAGUCUAUCAGAGCUUGCAGAGCUUUUCUCCCUAUUUCUCGCCCAUCUCGCCCAGAGCGCGCGUCGUUGCGGCACAGCAUAGCAUAGAGCUGAUGCGCGCGCGUACGUCGGCGCGCCGGAGCGCGCUACCGUCCCUCAGACUUCGCUGAACUUGAACCACAUAGCCAGCCGCGCGGAAUAGUAAAAAGUGAGAGUGACUGCUGCGAGUGCACACACAGUGCGCGCAGAUCGGGCAGCUCGAGGCGCGUCGUGCUCGAGGGCAACUUGUUGCAGCCGGUGCCAGAGAUGCGCCGCCCCGGGAGGAGGCUGCCGGCGCUGCUGCUGCUGGUCCUGCUGGCAGCGCGGGCCAGCGGCGCCGAGGAGCAGGACGACCUGUUCGGCGCGACGCACAGCCACAUCAGCGGCGGCAACCACCGCGCGCGCCAGAUCAGCGGCAUGGGCAGCGAGUACGUGGAGGACCCGCUGAUCGUCGAGACGACGAGCGGCCUCAUGCGCGGCCUCUCGCGCACCAUCCUCGACCGCGAGGUGCACGUCUACUACGGGGUGCCGUUCGCCAAGCCGCCCGUCGGGCCGCUGCGCUUCCGCAAGCCCGAGCCCCUCGAGCCCUGGCACGGCGUGCUCAACGCCACGCUCCUGCCCAACAGCUGCGUGCAGGAGCGCUACGAGUACUUCCCGGGCUUCGAGGGCGAGGAGAUGUGGAACCCGAACACCAACACGAGCGAGGACUGCCUCUACAUGAACCUCUGGGUGCCGAAGAAGCUGCGGCUCAGGCACAAGGGCGGCGGCGAGUCGACCGAGCGCUCGCUCAACGGCAUGCCGAUCCUCGUCUGGAUCUACGGCGGCGGCUACAUGACCGGCACCGCGACCCUCGACGUCUACGACGCGGACAUGAUGGCCGCGCGCAGCGACGCAAUCAUCGCCUCGAUGCAGUACCGGGUCGGGGCGUUCGGCUUCCUCUACCUCAGCGACUACCUCGGCAAGGCCUCGGACGAGGCGCCCGGCAACAUGGGCCUCUGGGACCAGGCGAUGGCGCUCAAGUGGCUCAAGGACAACGCCAAGGUCUUCGGCGGCGACCCCAACCUCAUAACGAUCUUCGGCGAGUCGGCCGGCGGCGGCUCGGUCUCGCUGCACCUCAUGUCCCCGGUGACCCGGGGCCUCGUGCGCCGGGGCAUCCUCCAGAGCGGCACCCUCAACGCGCCCUGGAGCUUCAUGAGCGCCGAGCGGGCUAACGAGGUCGCGCGCAUCCUCGUCAACGACUGCAAAUGCAACGCGAGCAUGCUCGAGGACAGCCCCUCGGAGGUGAUGGCCUGCAUGCGCCAGGUCGACGCCAAGACCAUCUCGGUGCAGCAGUGGAACAGCUACGGCGGCAUCCUCGGCUUCCCCUCCGCGCCCACGAUCGACGGCGUCUUCCUGCCCAAGGACCCGCUCGACCUGCUGCGCGAGGAGGACUUCGAGAAGACCGAGAUCAUCAUCGGCAACAACGAGAAUGAGGGAACGUAUUUCAUACUUUACGACUUCAUCGACUACUUCGAGAAGGACAAUCCAAGCCCACUGGAUCGCAGCAAGUUUCUCCAGAUCAUCAAUACGAUAUUCAAAAACAUGUCCAGCAUCGAGCGGGAGGCCAUCGCGUUCCAGUACACCGAGUGGGAGAACACGAACGACGAGUUCAUGUACCAGAGGAUGGUGGCUGACAUCGUGGGCGACUACUUCUUCAUCUGUCCUUCCAUACAUUUCGCUCAGCUGUUCGCCGAUCGCGGAAUGAAGGUCUACUACUACUUCUUCACGCAGAAGUCGAGCACCAACCUGUGGGGCAGCUGGAUGGGGGUGAUGCACGGCGACGAGAUCGAGUACGUGUUCGGGCAUCCGCUGAACACGAGUCUGCGUUACACCGAGCGCGAGCGCGAGCUCUCCAAGAAGAUGAUAUUGGCCUACUCCAAUUUCGCCGUGCAUGGAAAGCCGAUGCGAGACGAGAACCAGUGGCCGCCGUACACGAGGGAGCAGCCUAACUACUAUAUCUUCAACGCCGAGAAGAACGGCAUGGGCAAGGGCCCUAGGACGACCGCCUGCGCGUUCUGGAACGAGUUCCUGCCGCGGCUGAAAGGCAUACCAGAUCCAUCGCCGGAGUCGUGCAACAGUAGCAGCGGCGGCGCGUCAGUGGCAUCGAGCAUCUCGGCAGGCGCCUGGGGACUGACCAGCAGCAGUGCGCUGACGUCGGUUUGGCUGGCUCUGGCCCUGAGUUGUCUUCUGCUGUUGCGAAGCGGUCAACAGCUGGUCAUCUAGGUCGUCUCCUCCUACGGCGCAUCGCACAGGGCGACGACGACUUGAUCCACUCGUAAUCGCGAUGAAGUACAUGUAUAGGGAGCUGAUGAACAUCGCGCUGGCUCGCGAUGCCUCAUGAUGAUGAUGAUGAUGAUGAUGAUGAUGACGCGCUCCGUGAGAUAUGGGGCACGCGCCGCGACUCGAUCAGACGACGACCAUGAUAUCUCUGCACACCUUAGCGAUGUACAGGACGAUAUACAUAUAUUACAUGUGGGUAAUACAGGGAGACGCGUAUUGAUACGCUACGAGCGAGACACGAGAGAUGCGUUGUUGCUCGCCUUUACUUUUCCUGUGUUUCCUGCAGGGAGAGAAGCUUUAGAUUCUAUUCGAGGCCCUGAUAGUGAAUGUGAACAGCAGAUUUUGGUGGUAUCCGCGUUGUUUUUUACUAUUUUUCUUUCGCGUGUUGUUAUCACCGGUGCAGUGGUCCUGCUGCGUUUGAUUAAGGCAGAGAGAGAGAGAGAGAGAGAGAGAGAGAGAGAGAGAGAGAGAGAGAGAGAGUCGAAACAAUCGAUACACGGCCCGGAAGUUCACGGUUACUUUUGCAUAAGCUUUCGAAAAUUGAUUGAUGACGAACGCUUGUGGGCUGAUUGAUUGCCAAGCGAUAAUUAAUCACUCGCGCACUCGUCAUUGAUCGUCGAAUGAUUGUCUACUCGCGUAAACACAAUCGACCCAGAUUCCAGAUUCGCGUGUAUAGAAUGGGCAUAUUUUUUAUAAGCCACUUCGCUUAGCGUCAUGUCGUUAUUCGAUUGUGAAAAUUUGAACUUUUCUUUCUAUACCAAAACGAUUUGCAAUACGACGACGCGCGAACAGUCACAACCAACUAAUUGCUAAAAUAUAGACGCUGUAUGGGAGAAUUCGUAAGAACACGUAAAAUACAUAAUAAGAACUCAGAUGUGUAUACUCGUGAACUCAAGAGCAGCGUAGCAACGGGAUAACUCCGAGAUUUUUUAUUUUUUCUCCUCUCUCUCUCUCUCUCUCUCUCUCUCUCUCUCUCUCUUUCUCUCAUUCCUCAACUCCUGUCUAUGAUUUUCCUCGCAUCCGUCGACGUCGGUUUAACGAGCAACUCCGCCAAGUUAAAGGCGCAGUAGGUGUGUAUACGGCGUCGUUAUACGCGCGAGAAAAAGGCAGAGCUCGCGAUCUUCUUUUAUUUCUCGCGAGCUUUUUUCCCUCCUUCGCUUAUGAGCGCAAGGAAAACACACGGAACGACGGCAGCAGCAGCAGUAGCAUCCGCAGUAUAUAUAGACGGACUCAAUUGUGCAGACGACAAUGCGUGCGCGCGAACAACUCGUCAAACGACGUUCGAGCCCCAAAAUAUACAAGACACACACACACACAUGUUGUAUACACAUCAUGUGACACGUACACACACACACAGACUCGUACACCGAUCGAAGCCUAAAUGUAAUCAAUCGCCCAAGGCGAUGCGAUAUAAAUAUUACAAUGAUAUAUUAUAUAUAAAUGUGGCUCUAGACGAGCUCGUUUGAGCUGCCGUCGUUGAGCCGAGAACUAAAAAUGAGAGAUGUGAGAGCGUGGAAAAAAUGAUGAAUAAAUAAAAUAUUAUAUUAUAUCAUAUGACAAAAAAAAACGCGAUUGUUUGAAUUUCAUGAUUUUGUAUUUUCAUCGUUCUUGAGCAGUGUAGAUCAGGUUCGCCACACAGUAUAUUAUAGGUACAAUAUGAUUAUUAGUAUGAUAACAAUAUACAAACGCGAACAUAACCGCAACCGAAGAGCUCUGACACAAUAUAUACGUAAUUUCCGCGCAGUUGACGAUUUACCCAUGACUCAUAAACACAUACACACACCGUUUGCCGAUAAAUAACUACUCGAUAAAAUAAUAUUCCUAAUAACGCUAUACGAAGAUGUAUACUCCUCCGAAUAAUAAACAAACAGACAAACAAAAUCAACCGAAGAAGAGUCGCAGGAAGCGUCGAAAUACUCAACCGUCAAAUUCAAACAAACACUUUUACUAUUGUGUAUAAGAAGAGACGAAUAAGGAGUGUAGCGGCAAAAGAGAUAAACAAACAAAAAAAUAAAAAUAAAACAAAAAAGAGUUACAUAUUAUGUAUAAAUAUAAGAUUAAACAAAUAAUACGGCUCGCGUAUAUUAUUAGCUAACAUGAAAUAGAGAAAACAUACGCGGACGGAGACAGAGAGGCCGAGAGACACAGAUAAUACAUGUAUAUCAUAUAGCGCGCUAUAUACCAUAUAUGUGUAUGCUCGCGUGGACCGCUCGUGUCCCGGCACGCGAGGGAUCAGUCCUCGGCUCUGCAUAGCGAUCAGUUCGUUUUUCGAGUGGCACGAAUCUUCCAUUUGGUACAUAUCACCCGUAGAGUUAAAGGCAGAUUUAACAAACAAAUAAAUAUAUAUAUUAUGCAUAAAUUAUGAAUAAUAAGGGAAUAUGAUAUAUAUAUAUAUAUAUAUAUAUAUAUAUAUAUAUAUACACAUGCGAGCGACUAAGUGGUGUGGCGACGAUGAAGUGCAGUGUGUGAUGUGCGAGUGAACGGAUAGUCAAAAGAGAACAAAAAAGAGACCAAAAAUGAAACAUCACACAGGCUGAUGGUGAUUUUAAAAACGAGAGGUGAUUUCAGGCACGAAAAUCUUGCGGUACACAAUUUAUUCAACUGGUAAAAGAUCGUUUCGUUAUUAAUAGCAGUCGAUUCAAUGAUUUAUUUUUAUCACAUCACGUCCGUUACCGAUUGGUACUCGAUUGCAAAUGCCGCCCCAUGCAUGAGCAGCCCAAGUGGCAGGCAGAACAAGACAGUUUCGGCUUAUAUUCUUAAGCACCGCUUGAUAUUGAAUGCAAAACUAGCGAUGGACUGAAGAUCCGAAAAGUUCAAGCGGUGUGGGAAAGCAGGUCAUUCCAAAACUGUUUUGUGACACGGCCGCAUUAAAUUCAUGGCUUCAGUCUACACGACUGAUUCCGCAAGCUCGUUCACCGCUAUGGCGUGAGGGUUCUCUUUUCUCCGUUAUAAUGUGUGUGUGUGUGUGUCCGUGUCCGUGUCCGUGUGGGAAAAAGAUGGGAAGCGCGAAGCGCAAUCGCACGAUGAGCUGUACACAAUAUAUACAUAACGAUUAUAAAUAUAACUAUGUAUUAACGAGUUUGCGGAUUAUAGACAUAUGGAUAUAUAGGUGUAUGAAGGACGAGAGAGUCAACUCGCCCAAGGCGUUGCGUAGACGUAGAGCUUUGCUUAUUUACGGCACAAAAUUUUCGCGUGUUACGUUUUCCGCGCAAAACGCAGAGACGCCUCGAAGCGCUCGAGUCCCUCGUUCUUACAGAUAAAAAUCAUACAAUAAAUACAUAAAUGUACAUAAACUUGGUAUUUUCAUCAAGCUGCACGAGCGGAAAUUAUUUUCUACGAGAAAUUGCUAGUGGUUUAUAGACGACGGGGAGACUGCAGGGAUCGCAGAGAGGAAUAAAAUUAACGAACGAACGCUAAAAACAAGCAGAGAGAAUGAGAUAAGAAAUUAAUAGAGGAAACUGAGCUAGUGCGCGGUGCACACCUAGUUAGACAAAGAGAGAGAGAGAGAGAGAGAGAGAGAGAGAGAGAGAGAGAGAGAGAGAGAGAGAGAGAGAGAGAGAGAAGGAGAAAGUAUAAGAAGCUGCUGCACGCGAGAGACGAAAUUAACGAGGGCGAAGGAUCCUCGCGGAGGUUCGGCUCGGCCGAGUUGGCUUUUCUGUUCUACUCGCGCCGGAGGGAAGAGGCAAAAGCUCGUGUACACGUAGCCACGGUUGUGUGUAGCGAAGUUACACAAAGGAGGAGAAAAGUUUCGUCGUCGUGGUGCGGCGGGCGCGAAAAGAUGGAAAAGCGCGAACAACGACAAGGAUGAAAAACGCGAUUUCGUCGGCCAGGGAAUUAGGGAAGAAUGGGAGCAUGAUAAAUGCGCGAAAGAGCGAGCGGAAAAAAGCGUUAUGUACUGGAGUAUGCAUUAAGUGAAAGCCGUGCGUGGGAGGGAAAGAUGCAGGAUUUUUUUGGGAGGCUAUUAUUGCAGUUUUUGUUGCGGAUGCAUCGAAAUUACACAGCACCUCUAUACAGCUAAGUGUAACGUUUUGUUCUUUUACGCUGUGAGUAGUGGUUCUAGAAACGUCGUGUAAUUAUUCGGGAGAUCCGAGAUAUUCUGGACGCAUAUGCUGAUUUAUACUUGUAAAUUCUACACUCUGAGAUGCGCAUAUUUUCUGGAUCUCUUUUCUAAUUCGUGUAUGACUUGAAAAGCUCUAUAUACCUGUACGGUACUUUUUGACUUACGAAUUCGUGAGUGCUAGUGCUUGUAAGAGUAAGUGAAUUCAAAGAUAAUUAUUAUAAAUUGUGAGAAAAAAAAAAUAAGGACCGAGUGAAAAGUCUCUGAAGAAAGUGAGAAUUCCCGCGUGUAAUCGUGACGAAAAAAAGAGAAUAUCGUGGAAAAUCUGCGGCAUUCUUUCCUCAACUCGCGCAACGGACAACUUUUCUCGGGCGCCAUGAACAAAUGCGCGCCAUUGUCAAACAUUCGCGGCAAUUCUCUCAAGUGUCGUAAACUCUCGAGCACAAUGAACAUUUUAUUUUGUAUAUUCCGCAACUUUUCAGACACGAAAAUCGCGCUUACCUAUUCUCGUACGGACCAAAACUCAGAGGAAAUUGAAGCAACGACUCGAUUAUCAAUUCGUACUACUCCUGAUGCUUAUCUCUUUCAAUCGCGCUCACCUCUCACGCUCGGUAUUCUCUCUAAUUAAACUAGUCGGCGACGCGUAAAAGCACGCUCCGAUGGUUUUCGCUUCGCGGUACGUCGUCCAUCCUCGCUUUUCAUACUCGCGUGCGGGUACAUAUACAUAUUCGCGCUUGAAAUGUGCGUCGAACCACGAGAUCGCGAGGCGCAAGACCAAUGGAGAAUGAGAACUAUCGAGCUUGCAGUUUUCCGCGGGCGAUUGCGAAUUCCCGAUUCGAUUGCGCAUCGGAGAGCCCAAAGGACGAGACGAGUCAAUAACACGGCUAUUCGAGCUCAAGUGGCACGUGACGCGCGCGAGCUUUCUUCGCGCAAUCGAACGCUUGCUCAAUUAAUCGCGGAGAUUGGCUUCGGAUAUAGAUCUUCGAUUCCCUCCUCUUGAGCUUUUUCGUUCGUUAAAACGAGGAUAAUAUAACGAGGGAAAAAUGACGAAAGACCGCGGAGGUUACACAAAAGCACAACGUUUGCACAAGCACAGUGGCGGCGGCGUGUAGAGUGAAAAAGAAAAUCGAUGAAAGCAAACUCUCGCUGUCGUCGUCCUCUAACAGCCGCUGACGUCAUCUUCACGGUGUACUUUGCGUAUACCAUCCUAUGCGCGCAGCAGUUACUCGCUCGCGAAGCCUAAGAAAACAGUGAGUAUAUAGCGGGCGCGGAAAGAAAAAGCGAUCUUGCACGAGUCGUUUAACUUGUUAGGCCGGAGUAACGCCUUACGCGAAUUGCUAUUUGUUUUGAGUUCGAGGCGCGCGUGCGCGCUCGCGGCUCUUGAUUAAAAAAGAAAAUUAAUGCCUGUCGAUCUCGUUUGAUUGGAAAAAGAUUGAUUGCUAUAGAGAAAUUGUCGUUUGGGUCUGAGAAAUCGGAGCAGAUUGAACGUUUUCGAAUAUCGCCUUGCUAAGAUAUGUAUGCUUCGUGGAAGCUUCUGAGAUGAUUUGUACACUGUUUUUAUUUAGUCUUCAUUAAUAAAUAUUGAGAGUUCAAUUUGAUUACCUGCACACUUUAUCCAAAGUUAUUUAGUCAAAGUUUAUCCAAUGGAUUUUUUAGAACCAAUUAGAAAGUUUCACUGGAGUGUUAGUAAUUUUUCAGUUCUGCACAGCACCUCGACUGAAGUUCUAUACGAGAACAUCAACAUCGAUUCUCAUUUAUUAAUUAAUAUAUAAGCUAGGAGGAAAUAGUCAUAUUUGUCAGAUGUACAUUUCGCCUCGUCGAUCGACAAUCAGAUAGUCGAUGAAUACAGAUAUUGCGUCCGCGAUCGACAGUUUAUUUUUCUAAAAGCUAUUACCUCUAAAUUGACAGCACAGACGAAGGAAAUGACGGGAAGGGAAAAAAGCAAGUCUUACAAGAACUCUGUUGUGUCGCACGAAUUUAGUAGAAUGGGACGAGUUACAGGGGGUCACGCUCAUCUAUAUAUAAAGACGAUAAAAAAAUCGUUUCAUGAUUUUUCAUGUUCACCAUCGUAGCCCUUCGGCAUAUUUAUCAGCAGCUGCAUAAUACGGGUAUAGAAGACAUGAUUUCAAAGUGAAAUUUAACUAUUCGUCAUUCUUCAUUAUUAAUAUUAUAAGAAAUAUUUUUGUGGAUGAAUAAAGUUGGAAAUGUACAUCGAUGUGUAUAUUUUUCUAUUAAAUGCUUAAAAAAUAUCAUAUUCUUAAACUAAUUAUAGCAGUUUCCCUUUCAAUCGCACUGAGAUCUACGAUCGUGUUUGCUAAAUACUUUUGCCAGCUUUAGCUAGCUCUGAUUGAUAGAAAGCUAUAUAUUUGAAAAAUUACAUAUGAUUUACACACGCACACAAUUCAUUUUAAUAAAAACAACCGCAUCAUACUACCGUCGCUAAUCGUCCUGAAAUAUACAUUUAAAAAACAAAUCAAAAAGACGCGAAAAACGACCUCCUCGUCAAGACAAUAAAACGAACCCCAAGUAAUCUCAUCUCCAGUAGCAAAUUGACGUCGACGUUCUAGAGUAGCCGCAAAAAAAGACAACGACGAGAACAAACCUUCGGCACACAAAGCUCGAGAAUAAGCACACGCGGAUGCGGAGGCUAACACAACGCGGAAAUCCGUCGAUAAUGGUCGUGUACCUUUGCGCAAAGAAUCUUCGCGCGAGAGAAGGACUGAUGGGAGACAGCAAAAAAGCGACACGUAUAAACGUAUGGGAAGCGAGGUGUGUCUCGAUAAACCAGACGCAAAAAUGAGAUACCCGAAUCAAGCGCGUAUACAACAAUUUAAUUAUCAUAUUACAGGAAAACGCGAGUUGCCGCGCUCGAUUAUUUCGUGUAAAUAAACCAGCCGAUUUUCAUUCGAUUUCUCCGGGGGAUUUUUCUUUCUUUAUACACGUAUUAUCGAUAUGAACAACACCCUUUAUUGUUUACGUGAUCGUAUAUGGAAUUGAUCAAGGCGUGUCUCGCGUUUUAAUAAUCAGCUGAAAUUACGUCUGUCGAAAUCGAUGUUUGCGAAAUGAAAAAAUCAAUAGAAUUUUUUAAAUUUCCUGCAUGAAAAAGCAAAAGCAAUUUUUUUCUCGAAUCCCGAGUCAAUAUUCCGCACAGCAAACAAACGUGUAUGAAUGAUCGAAUAUACGGCGCUUGUGGAUAGUGCGUUUUUGGAAUUCCGCGAAGGUUAUAUCGGCCGGAGAAUAUUGCGUUGUAAUUUGCAAAAUGUUAUUGAUGUUUGGUUAGGUAAACCGAGUCGAACCUCCACGUGGAAAAAUUCGAAUUGUUAUAAAAGUAAAUUGCUGCAGUGCCUGCUUCAGCACAGGAUCCUAAUAAAAAAUCACAUUUUAUGCUAUAAAUUGUUUCUUGUAUAUUAUAUGUGAAUACUUUUUGUAAAAGCAAAUGUGGUCAUUUUUUGCUUAGCAAGGAUCGGGGUAACGAGUAGAGUCGUCGGCUUCUAGCGAGACAUUGAUAUGAACUAGAAUAUUAGAAAAAAUACAUAUAAGAGAUGCCAAGAAAAAUGUCUGCUCGUAAGCCCGAUCGAACGUACUCCAUUCGAUCCUGUGAUGUCUCACGCUCAACAUUAUAAUCUAUUUCGUAUGUCACGAAGGAUAAUCAAUGUUUUUGCAGGAAAUCGUUGAUCUGUGUACGUACGUCAUAUAAUUUAACGAGGAGAUAUGCUGACAGAAAAAGACUAGGUAAUGCCAAAGGAUAUAAUAGAAUAUUCGAGUAGUCAUUCCCGUAGAAUAAUCAAACGAAUCGAUUGCCACAUCAGCAGGAAAGAAGCGAGAGUAUUCAUAGCUAUUUAAAAAUAAAGACCCACAAAUAAAUAAUCACUACGAUAUGGAAUUGCCGAUUGUUUUUCUCUCAAUGUAUAUGUGAAUCGCGAUCCUCUGAAGCCAAAAAUUUUGAGCGAUCGAUAGUUAUAUAAUACUAUGGCAGUCGACGUAUAUAAUUAUUCAUGUGCCCCACGAAUGACGAUGAUUAAAAAAAAAAUGCAAGAAACAAAAAGCGAAGCGCGCUCGCUCGCCACUCGCCACUCGCGCUAAUGUUCGAUAUUGUGAAUUAUAUCAUUAUCAUUAUUAACUACAUGUAUUAAUUACACAUAAUAUACAAUGUUCACGCAUCGAUAUGGAGCAGAGAGAGAUAGAGAGAAUAAUGAGCGAGGAGAAAUAUACGUUUGCGCGCGCACUUUUACAUUUAUUCGCUCAUCUUGAAAAAUGUACCUCGUUAGCGUAUAGUCAGUCGCGCAAACGGUGACGAUCAUUAUAAAGAUGUGAAGCGAUCGAAAAUAUAUAUUAUCUGAAUUUAACAAAUCGGGUAUGCGCAAGAAUUCUUCACUCGCGUGAUAUCGUAUUUUAUCACCCCAUGUAUGACGCUCGAACUAAGCGAAAUACUCGCGUUAUAAUCCUUCGUUAGCACAAUUUGCGUGGCGUUCGUUAUAUGAUUUCUCCAUUAAAUUCGUUCAUAAUGUUAUUAUUAUAACGUACGAGAUUGAAAGCGUUCUAAAAAAAUGAUAAAUACUAUAACACGUACACUAUAUAAACCUUAAUUAAACGUUGAAUGAACAAAACAAAAUGAAAAAGAACAAAAAAUAUUUUAGUACGUAACGAUAAUUUAAAAUGUGAUAAUAACAAUUAUAUUAUAUAAAUAUAGAGUUGAAGCAGUCUAACGUUGUCUAUACGCGACGAUAUUAAAACAUUCCAAAGAUCCUUCCACACACUGCAGAGAAGAGAAGAACGUUUCACUUGAAAUUGGAAACGGCUGGAAAUUUUCUCCCUCCUCGUUAGGAGAAUGGGUAUAUAAAAGCCGCUCCCUAGCUCUCUCGUUCAAAGUGAAAUCUCAUUCCGGCGAAAUUUAGAGAGAGAGAGAGAGAGCGAGCUUUUUCUCCCGCGCAUUGUUUUCCAACCCUUUCUCCCCUCCUCCUAGAGCAGCUCGAUCGCGAGUACGUAAACACACAGAUCCAUCGAGAUCGAGUCUCACCCCCCCCCCCUGCACUCAGUCGCGCGGAAUUAACGAAUUAACGUGGCCGCGUGUUUUGCCCAUGUGCACACGCGCACGCGAGCACAAUCGAGGAUACGUGAGACAACAACGAGUCCUUUUCCUCUCCUCGAUUUCUCCGCGGCGUAAUGAAGCCUUAUGUAAGCGAGCUGCGCGGAAGCGGAAGGGAGAAAAAAUAGAGGGGCUCGAGGUCAAGGCUACAGGGCUUUUUCACGCGCGCGCGUCUAUAGCUGCGAUGUGUAUUAAUUAUCUAUAAUAUAUCGAUAUAUCUGAUGUAUGCGUAUGAUCGGCUUGUGCAAGGGAUAUUCGACGUCGCGACUUUUGUGCAUGCGUGCGUGUCGUUAUUUUUGCUUCGACGAUAUGAUAGUCUAUGAAAAUUUUUUUUAUUUUCACAACGUCAAAAAUUGAAUAAUGUGCAUUGGUUAUUGAAAAGCAUAUCUAGCAUUUUUGUUGAGAGAGAAUCACAAAAACACGCACGUAUGCGGAGCUUAGAAAUCGCGAUAGUCACGCACGUUCAGAGCAAAAAAAAAAAAAACUGAUAAAAAUGAAGAAAAAAAAUAUUCCUCUAAGUAUAAGAAAUGCGCGCGCAGUAUAUAUAAAUGUAAAUAAUAAAAUAUGCAAAAUCGUUUGUACCAUUUAGAAGCCGAGGAACCGUAGCAUACAGCAUUUUUCCCGCGAUAUUUACAAUGCGAUGUCUGAUUCGGCAAAGAGGAAAACGUUAAUUAAACCUGGUGCAAUUCAAACGUGACAAUCCUGAUAUGAUUAUAUGAUAUGCGGCGAAUUUUUCCUAACGGAGAGAGUAGAGGCCGAGAGAUUAGAAGGAAGAGAAAAAGCAUGAACAUCCUAUAGAUUUUCAAAGCAUGAAUUUUUUCCUAUAAUAUACAUACGAAGUGAUGCAUGUUUUUCUGCGCGACACCUCUCUCCUCUGUAUAUUCUGCGAGCCUUUCGUUUUCCCCCUUUGUACAACGCUCUCGUUUUUUCACAUUUUUUCUCUACAUCUCUCGCGAUUACGAAACUCGAUACGAAACAAUAAUAUAAAAAAUAAAAAUAAUAAUUAAAUGAAGAAAACGAAAUUCCAAGAAAAGCGCAGGACGAGAGAAAAAAAGAUGCACCGAAAAAAGGGUCGGCACAGCGCGUAUAAUAAAAGGAGAGGCUAGACGUGUAUUAAACGCUAAAAAAAGGAGCUUUGAUAAAGAAACUUUACAAUUAUACAUACGAUUUUAUUAUACAAUUUCGAGUAGGACUUGAAUACUCUUUUACGGAUGAAUCGCCGCUGUGCGCGUGCGCGCGCGGUGCAGUGUAUGUAUAAACUUUUUCGAGAGACUAAUUAUAAUCUUCAUCCUUGUAUUAAUGUAUAUUAUCGGCCUGUAUUCAAACUUUUUCGUUCUCUUAAGUCCCAACUUUUUAUUUCGAUGUACAUCCCCCCGUGUCCCUUUUACGUCCCGCUAAGGUUUUUGGGGUGAGUUUUGUAUUGCCGAGAGCUAUAGCUGCAACUUAUUUUAAUCUUCGCUGCUAUAAAUGAUGAAUUCGUUAAUAGCUUAUAAUUAUAAGUUUUUGUAAGAAAACUUCAUUGCGUAAACGCGACAAAAAAAUCGUAAUAGUUCUAUUAUAUACAGUUCUUCUUUUCGAAAGAUAAAAGUUAGAGUAGAAAUUGUUUGAAAAUGUUCUAAGUAGCGAUGAUGCACGUUAUAUAUACAUUAUAAAAGUGGCUACACUUGAAUAUCUCGUGAGAAAAAAAAAGAAUUUUAGAUUGCUUAUAUAUUAAGAGUUGAAUUGAUAAUUAAGGAUAUUUUUCUAAAGAGUAUAUAUUAUAGUAAUAUGCAGUAGCCGAUGUUGAAGCGUUAAAAAUAUAUUAGUUGAGCUAAUCUUACAUUAUCUUAUCUUGAUCUAUACGAAUAAAAAUCUCGAUUUACAUCCACUCCAAAAAUUUUAGACUUUCAAGUCGAUGCACAUCAUAUACCUAUAUAUAAAGAGAACUCGCGCGCACUCCUUGUUUCCUCACGACAACAAACCACUCCGACGACGAUAUUACGAAUGACGAUAAAUACCAAAGAACAAACCAAAAGAAACAAUAUUUAAAAAAAAAUAAACAAUAAAAAAAGAACGGAGGAGCACCGACUCCGUUAUCGCACGAAUUUCCACCGGUCGGGACCACUUCGCGUCACGUAUGCCACGGUACAAUACUUGUAGUCAAUUAUAUUAAUGAAUUAUUAACGUGUAUGAAUUGUUCGAGAGCUGUACAAAAAUGAGAUUUACCAAACAAAUCGGGCAUAAUAAUCAGCACACGAAAUCGACAAAAACAAUAACGAUUUAACAAUAUCAUACUGACAGCUUUAGACAGCAUCGCGGCGGAUCACAAAAGGGAAUUCAGUCUUUGAAGUAUAAGCAGCUCUGUCCUUCUGGAUACGCGUGCUCGUGAUGGUUGGUUCUUAUAAGGAUAUGCGGAUCGUGCGCAAUAUCGAAAAGCAGCUAAGUAACGAUCGACCUAUCAAGUGUAUUAUUGCAGGGGAUAUUAUGUGCCGGCGCAGUGGUUUCAGGAAGCCGAUAUCGCGAACGACAUAGUGUGUUAGGGGGCAGUGUGCGCAGGCUUGUAUAACGAGAAAGAAAAAGCCGCGUCGAGCGAGUAAUAGAGACGAUAUAAAGCGCGCAAAGUAAAUAUAGACGUCGAGAGGAGAGAAUCACGUCGGGACAAUCGGCGAACGAAAGUUUCGUGUAUAGGAAAAAGGAAGGAGGAAAAGCUAUAUGGCGAGAGGGAAAGAAAAGCAAACGGGAAACGCUGAGUGGAACAAUAGGAGGACGACACUUUCUCGUAUUAUCGGAGAAAAUUGACAAUUAAUUAAUCGCCGAUCGAGUUUGCUUUUCUACGAGUCUCUCAAGUAGGUAAGUAUAUACACGCUCGGUGGGGCAAGAAAUAAUUGCGUUCGAAGUCGAAGCGGGAAAAGAGUCGAGCAUGUGUAGGCUACGCAGGACAGACUUAAACAAUACACAUAUAUAGAAUACACAGAAACCGAAAAGAAAUGAUAACAAAAAAAAAAGAAGAAAAUAUAUACCGCUUCGAAGUUCCCGUCGGCACGAUUGUUUUAUCGAUAUACACAUACACAUACCAUACAAUGAUUAUUAUGUACGCGUCGCGCUGAUAACUUCUGUGCUUGCGGCGAACGAGAUUAAAGCUUCGCUUUCUUCGACGAGCAAGUGAUUUACCAUAGUGCGUAUAACGAGAAGUAGAUGUGCUCGAGAAUAAAGAGCUAAAUAAAAAGAUAAAAACAUUAUAACUCCGACGAGAUUAUAUGAUAUAUAAUAAUUACUAAGAGCGAGUGCGUGAACGAGAGAUGUUAUUACAACUAUAUAAAUACAAACAGAUAUAAAUAAUUAAUUAUGAUUGGAUAUAUAUAUAUAUAUAUAUAUAUAUAUAUAUAUAUAUAUAUUAUAAAAAUACGGGAUAUAUAUAUAUAUAACGACGAUACGUGCGGAGAGGCGAGAUUUCAAGUGCGAGCUAUAGUAAUGAUACGACAUGUGAUUUGAAACGCAAGCGUGUGAAAGCGUAUGACGAUGAUAUAUGGCGCGAAUGUGUGUGUGUGUAUUUCAAAGAAAUAAAACAAAAAAAUGUUGCGACGCGAUAUGCGCGCGCAUUAUAAAUAUUAUAUAAUAGGUGGUAGGAUUAUUACCUUACGUACAAUUGGCUAUGUGCAUAUACACCUCUAAGAUUCAAUGUACGUAUGCGUAUACAAGAUGAAAAAAAAAUUCAGCGUAAAACGUUAAAUGUUGUUAAGUUAUACGUAAAAAUACUAUAAUAAAUGUUACAAGAACCAUUGUAUGUAUAAUUAUAGCGAAUAUGAAAAGAAAAAUAAGAACAAACCUGUACGUAAAAGAUAUUUCUGUAGUUACAAUAAAAUAAACUAAACAAUCAAA